AUGCGCGCGUUGCUCGCAGCGUGCACAGUAGCAGGCAGGCAGCGCAGGCAGUCUCUUGCGCAUUUCAUCGAACACCUUAUGUGCGUUGCUGGUCUGAAGCAGAUGUGCAACUCCAGCACCUCUAAUGGUGAUUUCCGGCGACCGGAGGUGCAGGUGCACCUCCUUGCGCCUGCACAGAUCCGCCAGUGGAUGUUGGUGAGGAUGAUGCGGGAGACGAGGCCAAAUCUCUCUAUCUAA